GAGUAAUAAUGGAUGUAGAUGUGUCUGAAACAAAACAACCGAGAAUUCUCUCGCGGUCUUUGAGGUCAAAAUUUCCCAAAAUUCUUCACGGAUUAGAUCAUCUGCAGUCAAAACAAAUGUUUUUAAAGGUUUGGGUGAAAUCUUGGUUAAUGGAAAGGCCGGUACAACCUUAGCGUACCAGGUCAAGUUCAAUGGAAUGGGUAUCAAAAUGCGUAGGAAGGGGACGGAGCGAAUUUUUUAGUUCGUUUUUCAUGGUAGGAGCUAUUUUCAUUUAUUGUUAGCUUUUGGGUUUUGUAAACUAUUGAAGAUCAUUGGUGUCUCGAGAGAGCAAUUCAAACCAGUUAAUAUGUGGUAAACGAUUUGGGUACUCACUGUUUGUAGUCUAAUUCGUUUUGAUGCAAUACCCAUUUGCCCAAUUUUCUUUAAGGCAACGCUCACUAGUCCAAUUCACAGGCUCUUUUGCAAGGGUGUUUCAAGGCAAUCCGUCGCCGGGAACACAGAUAAGCAGUAUUGUUAAGAAGGGGUUACGCAUAUUUAAAAAAAUACUAGUCUUAGAUCAGCAGUUCAGCUUCUGGGUGAUGGCUUUGUGAUGAGCACGCUUGUAAACAGGUGUGUAGAAGGUAUUAUUUGGACACAUUAACCAAACCCAUAUGACAGUUUAGAUCAUUGCGGACAUGGUGGGGUCUAACCCCAAUGAAUUGUUGAAUCGUUAAAAAUCUUAGGUUUGAUGAGUAUAACAGGUGGAGAAAUAUGCUUUCAUUGAUUCCUUCAUGAACCGUGCUCAGAUGAGUGACCUUCUGUCCUUUUAUGCUCUUACACAUGAUAUGCUAGAACACACAUGAUAUGAUUGCAGCUUCAGAGGCAGAUAUUGUUCAACUCUGUUAUUUUAAUUGUCACAGGGUCUAACCAUGUUCUUACCUUGCUGCGAGGUCAACAAGUCCUCUUGGAUGACCUGGUGAGGAGUUAAUCUUGACGCGUAGACGGGCAUGGCUCUUGGCGUCUAAAAUCAGAAUCUUUUAAGAUGCUGAACAUAGGAGACUACCGCGAAUUUGGGUAAGAUUCCUUUGUGAUAACCUGUCAAGAAAGAAUUCGUGAUAGCACAGAGGCCCAUGGCUUUUGUCCUUUAAAAUCAGACUUGUUUGGAAGGCUUGAUAUCAGAAGGCGUUGUGGUUUUGGAGGAAAUAAAUGAUUCAACUGCCAUUCGACCUAAUCUUUAUCCCCCGUGGCUAAAGUUGGAGCAAAAUGGCUGCUGGUGGAGUACUUGGUAAUGUAGCUCUUGUGCCAGUGUCUGAGGUGUUAGCCAGACUUGUAGUGCUAACCACAGAGACCAUUAAUGCGGCACAUGAUGUGAUGAUCAAGCAAGAGAGCCUCACUGAGCUUUCCAAGUAUUUGGAGCAUAUAAAGCCUAUCUUGAGAGAGCUCGCAAAUAAAAACGUCAGGGAAAGUGAGACAAUUAGAAAAGCUCUUGAAAUUUUGGAAAGAGAACUCAAGGCUGCAAAGAAUGUUACAGAUAGUUGCUCCCAAAAGAGCAGGUUUUAUCUCCUGGUUAAUUGCAGGAACAUUGUCAAGCAAGUGCAAGAUAUUACAAGGGAAAUUGGACACGCUCUGAGUCUGGUUCCUCUUGCAUCGUUAGAUAUGUCUCUGUCUAUUCAGCUGAAAGCCCACAAGCUUUGCAAGGAUAUGCAGAAUGCCGAGUUCAAGGCGGCAGUCGUAGAAGAGGAAAUUGUGAAUAAAAUUGAAUCCGGGGUCAGAGAAAGGAAUGCUAAUAGUGUGUAUGCAAAUAAUUUGCUAUUGCAGAUUGCUAAAGCUGUGGGAAUCUCUACUGAUACAUCCGCCUUGAAACAAGAGUUUGAAGAGUUUAAGAAGGAUAUGGUAGAUGCCCAACUUCGUAAAAAUCAAGCAGAGGCUUUACAAAUGGAACAAAUCAUCGGAUUGCUUGGUUGGGCAGAUGUUGCAUCAUCUGCCAAAGAGAGAGAUCAGAAAUACCAUGACAAGAGGAUCUCUUUGGGUAGUCAUCAUUUGCCUCCCUUACAAUCCUUUUAUUGCCCGAUUUCACAGGAAGUAAUGGAUGAUCCCGUUGAGAUUUCCUCUGGGCAGACAUUUGAAAGGAGUGCAAUUGAAAAAUGGUUUGCAGAAGGGCAUACAACUUGCCCUUUGACUAACCAGAUGCUCACCAGCAAGGAGCUCAGACCGAACAUCAUCCUUCGGAGAUCCAUUCAAGAGUGGAAAGAUAGAAAUACAGUCAUCGCAAUAGCUUUAUUGAAACCUAAACUGGAGUCUGGAGAAGAACAAGCUGUGUUGUAUGCUAUAAAUGAGCUUCUGAGAUUAAGUGAGGAGAAAGAAACACAUAGGCAUUGGAUAGCAGCAGAAGGUUAUAUUGGUCUUUUAGUUGACCUCCUGGGUCGGAGUAAGCCAUCCAUCAGAAAAAGAACACUAGCAUUGCUUUGUAGCCUUAUAAAGGACAAUAGUGACAACAAGGCAAGAAUAACUGAGGUGGAGCAUGCAAUUGAUUUUAUUGUUCGCUCUCUUGCACGCGAUAUUGGAGAAGGUACAAGAGCUGUAGCAUUAUUGUUAGAGCUUUCGAAGGAUAAGGAUGUGUGUGAACAGAUUGGCAAAGUCCAAGGUUGUAUCCUACUCCUAGUUACCAUGUCUAAUAAUGAUAAUCCUCAAGCAAGUAAAAGUGCGAUGGAAAUUCUGGAGAAUCUCUCAUACAGUGAGCGGAAUGUUGUUCAAAUGGCAGAAGCAAACUAUUUUAAGCCUUUGAUACAGCGCCUGAAUGAAGGAUCUACCACAGUAAAAAAUGUUAUGGCAAGUGCUCUGUCAGAAAUGGGUUUGACAGACCAAAGCAAGGCUGCAUUGGUGAAAGAGGGAGUUGUAGCUCCACUUCUUGAAAUGAUUUCAAAUGGCAAUGUUGAAUCCAAAUCAGCAGCUAUUGGAGCACUUCAGAAUCUUUCAAGUUUACCUGAGAAUGCUUUACAAAUGACCAAAGAUGGAGUGGUUCAGCCCAUAUUAGACCUUCUAUACACCCCAAAAUCAAUUGUGUUGACUUUGAGAGAACAAGCUGCUAGCACAUUUGCCAACCUGGCUGCAUCUAUUGCAUUGCCUGAAAGUACAAGUGACACGGUGGUUGCACUCUUGGAAUCUGAUGAAGUCAUAUACAAGCUGCUGUCUUUAAUAAAUUUGACUGGUCCUUCUAUACAGGGGAGCAUUCUACGAGCAUUCCAUGCUAUGUGUUCUGCACCAACUGCAGUUGAGGUCAGAGAAAAGUUAAGAGAGGGUGGAGCUAUUCAAAUACUACUUACGUUUUGUGAAUCUAGCAACUUAGAACUGCGAGCCAAUGCUAUUAAGUUGUUGUUUAGCUUGUCUCAGGAUGGGGAUGGGAGUAUGUUGGCAGAGCAUCUUGGGCAAAGCUAUACAGAAAAAUUCGUGAAGCUUCUUUCAACAUCUUCAGAUGAAGAAGAGAAAGCUGCUACAAUUGGAAUCAUCGGGAAUCUUCCUUUAUAUAAUAGACAGAUAACUGAAUGGCUUCUGGAGGCUGGGACUUUGCCAAUGAUUAUAAAUAUCCUUUCUUCAGGAAGCCUUAGAACUACAGGUAAUGCUGUGAAAAAUCAGUUGAUUGAAAAUGCUGCUGGAGCAUUGUGUCGGUUUACAAUACCCACAGACAUUGAUUUGCAAAUAAAAACAGCUGGGGCUGGACUUAUUCCUGUUCUUGUGAGGCUACUUGGAUCUGGGACUCCUUUAGCAAAGCGUCGGGCAGCCAUUUCACUUGCACAGUUUUCAGAGAAUUCAGGAAAAUUAAGUAGAACAAUCCAAAGAAGGAAAAGUUUUUCCUUUGUGUGCUUCUCAGCACCCCCUGAUCAACCAUGUAGAGUUCACAGGGGUAUCUGUUCAGUUAAUACGUCAUUCUGUCUUGUUGAGUCAGAGGCUAUCCUCCCUCUUGUGCAAGUUCUUGAAGAACAAGAAGGAGGUGCAUCAGAAGCUGCACUAGAGGCUCUCUCAACUUUAGUUUAUGAUGAAUUCUUGGAAAAUGGUGCUGUGGAAAUUGAAAGGGUAGGGGGUAUCAUGUCUAUUGUUCGGAUGCUGACUGUUGGAUCAGCAGGUGUGCAGGAGAAAGCUGUCUGGAUUUUGGAAAGGCUAUUUCGAAAUGAAAGAUACAGGACAGAAUAUGGAAAUACAGCUCAAAUGCCCCUUAUAGACCUCACACAAAGAGGCACAAACGCAACAAGGCCCUUGGCUGCAAAAAUCCUUGCUCACUUGAAUGUUCUUCAUGAGCAGUCUUCUUAUUUUUAGGUCUCCUGUAAUUUACACUUGUAGAAGUAUACAGUUCAUUGUUGUUAACUUAUCUCAGAAAUUGGAGCGGGGUUAACUCUAGUUUUUUUGAGAUAGGGAUUAUCUUGUUAUUCUCUUUAGCAAGAUAAGGUUCCAUCAUUUGCCCAAAAUUUUGCAUUGUUAAUUAGUUCUUUGGCAUGCCAAAGCAUAUGGAGAAUUUCCAGAUAUACGCUAACAUGGCGUCUUGUAUUUUGUGUACAUUAAAGAGACAUAAUUUGUCACGGUGAAGGGGACAUCAAGUCUAGACCCAAUAAAUGCAAAGGGAUCCGAACAAGUAGAAAUCGUUUGAGAGGUAUAAGUGUAUGGUUUGUAUUAGUGAGCUUAACUUGGAAUCUAUUUAAACUCUCUGGAUUUUCAGGCAGAUAGAGGAUCCCAAUAACUUUAUGCAAGAGUUUGUAGUCAUUUGGAAAUAAAUUUGAGGUACUUAGAGGAGGCUAUUUGCACAUGUUAACAAUGUUCUGAUGGGCACUGCUCAACAUUUUAUUGGAAGUAGAAUAUACCCUUGAGGUGGCAAUGUUAUACACACUACAAAAAUAUGUACUUCCCAUCCAUUCAAUUGACAAUAUUCAAUCCUUUUGGAGAAUUAAUGCC